CGGGGAGGCCGGGAGGGUCAGCGCGGUGCGGGGGCAGCGAUCGGUAGCGGUGGGGUUUGACGGUCGGGGUCGAGCCGCAAUUUCUCGGCGCGAGGGUUCCGACCUGAGCCGGGCCCCGGGGCUUUGAGAAGGUUCCCUCUGCCUCACAGCAAUGCUCAGGGAGAGACGUGUGUACAAGUCGUGAGCAAGACUCAGGGACAGGGGGGUGCUUGAAACUCUAUGAUGUGCUGUCUGUGGGAUCCCAAAGCACAGGUUUGGGGACCCUCCUCAGGCGGCCUGAAGCGAUCCCAGUGAGCUCCUGCCCGCUUGUCCCGCGUUCUCGGGUCCUGCAUCCUGCCAAGUCCGAAGCCAAGCAGUCUGUCCCGUAGGUAGGGCUUGGGACACAGCCUUCACGUUAUAAAAGCAACUUAAGGACUUCAAGAUGACAGGAAGAGAGUUUCUUGAACUAGAUUCUCCACAGCAAAGACUAAUUUUUGAAAGAUUUAAGCGGAUGGAAAUCAUACAAAAGAUGUUCAAUGAGCUUCCUAAAGCAGAUCAGAACCUUUGCAAUCAUGGAAAAUAUUUCCUAGCAGCAAAUUCAAGCUUAUGUGGCUUAGUAGCAAAUAAUUUCUUCAGGAGCAUCCUACAUGUCCGAAAGGCUUCACUGGUGUCUGCUAUGCCAAUGGCUGUUAUUCCAUUUCUUUCAACAGCAGCAAUUUAUGAAGCUUUUGUACACGACCCUUUAUUUUCAGGUCAGCUGAACUGUGAAGUGUGUGCUGUGAUCAGAGGAGGAUUAGUAGGUGCUGUUGUGGGUGGUUUCUAUCCCAUUUUCCUGGCUAUCCCCUUGAACGCAAGCCUUGCAGCCAGGUAUAUGUCAAGUCCCUUGCCAGGGAAAGAAAAUCUGUUGCGCUACUGGCUCACAACUGCUCAGCCUGUCUUUAGAAAGAUGAGUCUGGGUAUACUGGUACAGGCUCUGACUGGAUUGUACCUUGCCACUAAACAACACGGAAUAUAUAUCAAAAUGCUGCUGCAGCUGAACACUAGCAGGGAUCCUGAAGAGCUACCUGAAUGAAGUAAAGCAAUUUUUCAAUUGCCUUGGAUAAGUAACCAUAAUAAACAAGAAAAAGAAGUCUUGCUGUGUCUUUUUUUAAUAGAAAAACAGAGUGUCUGCACUGGCAUUUUUUUAGAUUUUCAACUUAAAUGCAGGAUAAGCUUUUCAUUAUGCCUAGUUUAGUGCAGACACCUGAAUAACAGACAGGUGUAUUGUUUUGGAAAUGGGAGGCAAGAAAGCAUUUAUAGUGCCUGCUUUAACAUUUGAUUCUAAGGUCGUGCUACAACUUUCAGAAGCUGUAAAUAAAUAAAAGUAUGCUUGAAAAAUAGUAUUUUUUCCUUUCAUAACGCAAACCAUGGAGAUUUAUAAAACCAAACUACCAAAAAAAUGACCCAAGGGGAAAGAUCAAGGCAGGAUUUUACUAGAUUACUCAAAAUCUGAUUAUUUUUCUCCCUUUUCUCCAUUCUGCUACCACAAAACUGUCACAUGAUUACCCCUUUUA